AUGGCCAACGAUUUCUGGUCAUGUACCUGUUGUACGGAGGCUUUGACGUGUUGGCUGCGCCUAAAACUAUCUCCGGAGGAGAUAGAGCAGCGGUACAGAAGCAAGGAAAUCGACAGAAUACUUGAGAAGGACAAACAAACGCUUCGGCGACAGGUCAAACUGUUGCUACUGGGCGCAGGUGAAAGCGGAAAAUCGACAUUCCUGAAACAAAUGAAAAUAAUACACAAAGUGAAGUUCGAGCCGGAUCUAGUGCGCGAGUACCAGCAUGUGAUUUACCAGAACAUUGUGAAGGGUAUACAGGUGUUAGUGGACGCGCGGGAUAAACUCGCAAUUCCCUGGGAGAACCCGAGGAAUUUGGACAUUGGCCAGCAGGCUUUGCACUUCAACAGUUCAGCAUCGCUCGACAGUAGACUGUUCAUGCAUUAUGCACCCCAUAUCCACUCACUGUGGUUAGACAGAGCCAUAAAAAGAGCUUAUGACAGGCGGAGAGAAUUUCAAUUGAGUGACUCGGUGAGUUAUUUCUUCGGCGAGCUGGAGCGCAUAGCGCGGCCGGAUUACAUCCCCUCCCACCAGGACAUCCUGCACUGCCGGAAGGCCACUAAGGGCAUCUCGGAGUGCACCAUCCACAUCAAUAACGUACCUUUUGUGUUCGUCGACGUCGGUGGACAGCGGACGCAGCGUCAAAAGUGGACGCAGUGCUUCGAUUCCGUCACGUCCAUACUCUUCCUUGUGUCUUCAUCGGAGUUCGAUCAAGUGCUGUCUGAAGACAGAAAAACGAAUCGCCUAGAGGAAGCGCUGAACAUCUUCGACACAAUAGUGAACAACGUGAACUUCAAGGGCAUCUCAAUCAUCCUCUUCCUCAACAAGUCCGAUCUCCUCGCGAGAAAAGUCGCGAGCAAAGAGACGGACGUACGCUGGUACUUCCCCCAAUACACUGGUGACCCCCACAACCUGCGCGAAGUGCAAAUGUUCAUACUGAACAUGUUCGCGAACGUUCGCCGAGAACCAAAGACGACGCUCUACCAUCACUUCACGACCGCCAUAGACACGCACAAUAUAGAGGUCGUGUUCAACUCUGUGAAGGACACGAUACUCAAUCGAAAUCUAGAAUCGUUGAUGUUGCAGUGA